AUGGGGAAUGGGGCCCUGUGGAAAAUGGGGAUGGGGAGCAAUAUUCCCCUACGGCAGGGAACGGGGGCGGGGACGGGGAGUAAAUCUGGGGGUGGGGAUGGGGAGCAGGGAAGCAUCCCCCGCCCCCGUCUUACCCCAUUGACAUCCCUAGCAGCAGCGCGCCUAGGAUUGGAUGAACGGUUUUCGGUGGUGCGAUCUCAAAUACUUCUCCUAGACCAAUUACCUCUAGCAACCAGAGUUUUUGCAUUGGUCAUCCAACAUGAACGACAGCUACAAGUUACCGCUGGGAUUCUAGACGAUCCACGUUCCAUCACUGCUACCGUUGAUUCGCGGCACCCCUCACAAGGUCGCGGUCACAGUCGCAGUGGCUUUUCCUCCGGCAAGGGUCGCGGUGGUUUCUCCUCCAGCGCAAGACGUGGUGGUUCCUCUAAGUUCUGUACACAUUGCGGUCGUAGUGGCCACACGAUUGAAGUCUGUUAUUCGAAACACGGGUACCUGCCAGGGCAUCCACGUCACUCUGGUAGUCCACAUCACUCCGCUACUGUCACCGCUGCCACUCCUUCUUCAAUCUCCUCCAAACCCAAUUUUGGACCUCUCACUAGCCCAACAAAAGCUCUCAUAGCACUUCUCAAAAAGACCGAGUCUCCAUCUUUAGAAUAUAGAGAUAAUGGUUCAUCAAAUCAAAAUGGAUUUUUGCCUAAUCCGAAUGCCAAUCAACAUCCCAAUUGGCGUAGUGCUAUAAAAGAUGAGCUGGAUGCUCUUGAGUUGAACAAAACUUGGCGUCUUGUUGAUUGUCCUGCAGGUGUUAAGCCAGUUGGCUGUAAAUGGGUCUAUCGCAUCAAACGCAAGCCUGAUGGUUCAUUUGAUCGAUAUAAGGCUAGCCUUGUGGCCAAAGAAUUCACCCAGAUUGAAGGUGUUGAUUUUUUGAAAACCUUCUCUCCUGUUGCCAAGCCUGCCACCAUCAGAUUAGUUUUGGCAUUGGCCCAUACAUCAAUUUUAUCUGAUUAUAGUCUAUUUGUUAAAUUUACUGAUGCUCAAAUUUCUAUACUUCUAGUCUAUGUUGAUGAUAUCAUUCUCACCGGCAAUUCUAUUUCUGAACUUGCUUCCAUUAAGUCUAUUUUGCACCAACACUUCCGAAUUAAAGAUUUGGGUCCUUUAAAAUAUUUUUUGGGUAUUGAAGUAACUCAGUCAGCAAAGGGAAUUUGCUUAUCUCAGAGAAAAUAUUGUCUUGAUCUUUUGGAAGAUUUUGGUUUAUUAGGUGCUAAACCUGCCUCUGUUCCAAUGGAUAGUUCCACAAGAUUAUAUCAAGACAAAAGUCCCUUGCUAUCUGACCCUUCUGUGUAUCGCCGUUUGGUUGGGCAUCUAAUCUACCUUACCACUACUCGACCAGACAUCAUAAUUUUCGCCGACGUUGCCGGUGACAUUACAAUUGUAGUUGAUGGAGAAUCAUUUUUGCUGCAUAAGUUUCCCUUGGUGACUCUAAGUGGCAAGAUCCGAAAAAUGGUUGCUGAUGCCAAGGUUUCAACCGUUUCGAGCUUGGAACUCCUCAAUUUCCCAGGGGGACACCAAACAUUUGAACUAGCCAUGAAGUUUUGCUAUGGCAUGAAUUUUGAGAUCACUACAUUCAAUGUUACGAGGCUACGUUGCGCUGCUGAGUACCUUGAAAUGACAGAGGAAUACAAGGACCAAAACCUCAUCUCAAGAACAGAAUCUUAUCUGAAAGACAUUGUUUUUCAAGAUCUUCAGAAAUCAGUGGAAGUUUUAUCCACCUGUGAGAUGUUACCACCACUAGUGGAGCAGAUUGAAAUUCCAAGAAGGUGUGUGGAAUCCAUAGCAAUGAAUGCAUGCAAGGAGCAGCUAGCUUCCGGUUUAUCUCGGCUAGAGUGCGACGGCGAGUCCAGAGAGCUAAAGGAGGAUUAUGUCAUUGCAUGGUGGGUCGAGGAUCUAUCGGUCUUGCGCAUCGAUUUCUUCCAGCGAGUUAUAUGCGUCAUGGGGAGAAUGGGAGUUAGAUCAGAGAGCAUCAUGGCUUCACUGAUGCAUUAUGCUCAAUCAUCACUCAAGAGUAUUGGUAAAAGCCAGUUCUUGAAUCCUUCCAGGGCGAAUUCGAGUCCAACAACAAUGGAAUUGGACCAGAGGACUAUUGUGGAAACUCUUGUGAGUCUCAUGCCAGCAGAUAAAAACUCUUCAAUUCCACUGACAUUUAUGUUUGGAAUGUUGAAGAUGGCUAUCAUUUUGGGUGCAGCAAUUCCAUGUAGGCUUGAACUUGAAAGGAGGAUCUCAUUCAGGUUGGAAACCGUUUCGCUCGACGACCUUCUCAUACCGUCUCUGCAGAGUGGAGACUCCUUGUUUGAUGUUGAUACAGUUCACAGGUUGCUGGAGAAUUUCUUGCAGCGGAUUGAGGAGGAAGAAGCUGAUGAUUAUGGAUAUGAUUCCGAUGGUUUCGGCUCAACUAGUAGCCAUGGUUCUCUGCUAAAAGCAGGGCAGCUUAUUGAUGCUUAUCUUGCAGAAAUUGCAACCGAUCCUUACUUAAGCAUGCAGAAAUUUUUUGGUUUGAUUGAGAUACUACCUGAGUAUGCGCGUGUAAUUGAUGAUGGCCUUUAUAGAGCUGUGGAUUUUUUUGUUCAGGCUCAUCCAGCUCUAACAGAACAAGAAUGCAAGAAGAUUUGCAAGUUUAUAGAUUGUCAGAAACUGUCUCAAGAAGCAUGCAACCAUGCUGCACAGAAUGAUAGACUUCCACUGCAGAUGGUGGUGCAAGUCCUGUACUGCGAGCAACUACGGUUGAAGAAUGCAGUGUCAGGGAGUUCAGGAGAUGGUCUAUUGUCACAGAAAAUAAGCAGUGGCAUUCCAAGUGCUGCUAUGUCCCCAAGAGAUAACUACGCUUCUCUGCGGAGAGAGAACCGGGAGCUGAAGCUUGAGAUUUCGAGGAUGAGGGUGAGGCUAAGUGAGUUAGAGAAAGAGCAGAUGUUCAUGAAACAAGGCAUGAUUGAUAAAGCAGGAAAUGGAAGAACAUUCUUGACCUCCCUCUCCAAAGGGAUAGGGAGAAUUGGGAUUUUCAGCAGUCAAGGUGGCAGAAAGUGCCAAAAAUCAAGUAGGAAGUCUAGGGCUUCAGAGGGAAAAACUGGUAGGAAUAGGAAAUAUUCUGUCUCAUAG